AACAAGUGUUAACGUUAUCUUUACAAGAAAUUCGCAUUUACAAUUAGGGUCAAGAAAUAAAAAUAGCAUAAACCUAAUUCAGUUAAGGAAAAUCACGCUUUGUAUCAAAAUAUUUUUGUAAAAACAUAAUAAAAAUGAAAGAUACAUUUUUAUUUUUGGGUUUUUGGAUCCUAAUAAUUCAACAAAAGUGUAUGGCUAGUGUUACAGACAAAGAAUAUGCCACUAUGCCACCCAUAUUUCAUCAAGAUAAUUACGAUAAUUGCAUGUUACUUGAAGACAAAGCUUUAUAUUGUUCUUUUGAAUAUCAUUUAGAACCAAUACAAGAAAAUGCAAUAUGGAGGAUAAUACAAGAAGUUUCAUCUGACCCUUACAAUUACAAACACGACAAUCUACGCCACUGGAUUUGCGUUCCAUUGACCUGUCCCAAUUACAAAGAAAUAUCCGUAAAUAAUACAAAUUUGUCUCUAGAAGAAGCUAUCAAUGAAUGUUAUGAUAAAAAAAUGGCGCAUUAUAGUUUAAAAGGAAAAGUGCAGAACCUGAAAUGCGAUACCAACGAGGGUAAAUAUCCAGUGGAUUGGUUGGAUAAGAUUGUUCUGUUAUUCUUCACCAGCUACAUUGUGAUUGUCUUCUUAUGCACGUUUUAUGACCUAUAUGCGAAGUCGCAACUUCCGGAGGAAUACCAAAUGUUCUCAAACUCAAAAAUUGGCAAAAUUCUUAUUUCAUUCUCUCUGUCAAAAAAUUGGUACCGUCUAAAAACCGUCGCAGAAACUUUAGAAGUUGAGUACCUUAAACCACUACAGGGAGUGCGAUUUUAUAACACAAUUUUGGUGAUACUCAGCCAUACAGCUUUGGCCAGUACGAUGAUGCCUUUGGUGAAUCCGAAAUAUGUAGAACAAAUGAACACCAAGGUAGCUAAUUCCUUCUUAUCCAGCGGACCACUUUGCGUUUCAACAUUUUUCUUUAUGUCAGCUGCUUUGCUGACGUAUGGUAUAUUUAACCAAUUCAAUACGAGGAGAAUGACGAAAAGCGUUUUGGUGAUGAUCUUCGUUCAAAGAUACAUCCGGUUAGUACCAGCUUUGAGUGUGGUGAUUCUCUUCAACGCUACAUGGUGGCGACAUCUAGGCAACGGCCCGAAUUGGUAUCAAAUCAUAGGAACGCAAUAUUUGAGAUGUAGAAAAAAUUGGUGGACAAAUUUACUUUUUGUUAAUACCAUUAUAGAUAGUAACAAUAUGUGCACUCCAACAUUUUGGUAUCUUGCCCUGGACACACAAUAUUUCGUUUUGAUUUUAAUAUUACUAUGGUACCUCAAAAAGUACGAAAAACAAAUUUGGUACAUCUUAGGAACUCUAUUAUGCCUGAACAUUUUUGGCACCUACAUUCAGAAUUACAUAAACGAUUUUGAAGCACUUAUGAUACCAAGAGCAGAGACUAUUUAUCAAUUGAAAAUAAUCGUUGGCAAUCCACAAUGGCAUGGGCAGAUGUUGUCUGCAAUUGGUAAUACUUCGGGACCUCUACUGGGUGUUGGAUUCGGUUAUAUUCUUUACAAAUAUAAGAAUGUAAAGUUAUUUCAAACAAAGAGACUGAUGUGGAAAAUACUGACUUAUUUCUUUUCCUAUCUACUACCGUUGGGAAUAAUUCUUAUACCGGGUUGGUACAUUUUGACAAAUGAGAGUGAUCACAAUCCGGUCGUUGCUUCCAUUAUAGCUGCCAUUGGCAGGCCUGUAUUUGUGGGAGGUAUUGCUAUUGCAAUAUUCGGGUGUAUUCAACAGUUAGGUGGUCCCACUCAACAUGUACUUAAUUGGCCACCAGCUUACAUCUUAGGACGUAUUGCUUAUAGUGCUUAUUUAGUACAUUUGACCAUCAUCAUGUCUAGACCAGGCUCAACUAGAGGUCCUGUGUAUGUUAGUGAUGCGUAUAUUGUUUACUAUCUAUUGGGAGAUUUAGCUUCAGCGUACUUGUUUGGAUUAAUGUUGACGCUAUUUUUUGAGAUGCCUAUGUCGGCUUUACAAAAUGUUUUCAUACCAAAGCAUCCCAGAGAAAAUUCCGUAAUUAAAAAGGACCAAUAAUUAGAGAAAGUAUACAGAGUGUCCAGCCGAAA